UGGGACGGACGCACGCACGAGAUGAAGUGCGUGUUUGUAACCGUAGGGACCACCAGCUUUGACGAGCUCAUAGCGUGUGUGUCGGCGCAGGACAGCUUGCGAAUCAUCCAGAGUCUUGGUUACAGCCGACUUAUCCUCCAAAUUGGUAGAGGAACAGUGAUACCUAAACCAUUCAGUACUGAGUCGUUUACUCUGGAUGUUUACAGGUACAAAGAUUCCUUGAAAGAAGACUUUCAACUAGCAGAUCUCGUUAUUAGUCACGCAGGUGCGGGAAGCUGUUUGGAGACUCUGGAAAAAGGCAAGCCACUUGUGGUAGUUGUAAAUGAAAAGUUGAUGAACAAUCAUCAACUGGAAUUGGCAAAGCAGCUACACAAAGAGGGACAUCUCUUCUACUGUACUUGCAGCACGCUUCCUGGGCUGUUACAGUCAAUGGACUUAUCAACACUGAAAUAUUAUCCUCCUGGACAGCCAGAAAAAUUUUCUGCAUUUUUGGAUAAAGUUGUUGGAUUACAACAAACUGCCCCUUUGUGCCUAGACCUUGAACUGCUUUCUGGAUACACCGCUGCCCCACUGUUGUGCCCCACUGUUACUUCAUUCUACUCUUCUAUUCCUCGUGGCAAGAUGCACAAAGGAUGGAAAAAGUACUGCAGCCAGAAGUCUUUGAAUGAAUCAUCAAUGGAUGAAUAUUUAGGCAGUUUAGGGCUGUUUCGAAAGCUGACUGCCAAGGAUGCCUCUUGCCUCUUUCGGGCUAUUUCAGAGCAGUUAUUUUGCAGCCAGGUCCAUCAUUUACAAGUCAGGAAGGCUUGCGUCUUAUAUAUGAAGGAAAAUCAACAAACUUUUGAGUCUUAUGUGGAGGGAUCUUUUGAGAAAUACCUGGAACGGUUGGGAGAUCCCAAGGAAAGUGCUGGCCAGCUGGAAAUACGAGCUCUUUCUCUAAUUUAUAAUCGGGAUUUUAUUCUUUAUCGCAAUCCUGGAAAGCCACCAACUUGCGUCACAGAAAAUGGCUAUGAAGAUAAGAUUGUACUCUGCUAUACAAGUAAUGGUCAUUACGAUUCUGUGUACUCAAAACAAUUUCAGACAAGUGCAGCCAUUUGUCAGGCUGUACUGUAUGAAAUUCUCUAUAAAGAUGUAUUUAUUGUGGAUGAAGAAGUGUUGAAAGCUGCAAUUAAUUUGUUUCGAAGUGGUUCCAGGAAGAAUAGAAACAAUGCUGUGACUGGAAGUGAGAAUGCUGAUACUGAUCAGAAGUGUUCAACUCAGGAUAGGACUGAAGAGUGUGGUGCCUUCUGCAGUGUUGAAAAUAUCCCAGAGGGUUGUGUUCAAGGAUCAGAAGAAUCAAAGUCUCUAGAAAAUCUGCCGAAGUUGUUCUUCCCCUAUAAGGUGCUCAAAGCCCUGGAUCCAGAAAUCUAUCGUAAUGUAGAAUUUGAUGUUUGGUUGGAUAGCAGAAAAGAACUCCAGAAAUCGGAUUACCUUGAGUAUGCUGGGAGACAGUACUAUUUGGGAGACAAAUGUCAGGUUCGUUUGAAAUUAGAUGGAAAAUAUUAUAAUGCUCAUAUUCAAGAAGUAGGAAAUGAGAACAAUUCAGUAACAGUUUUCAUUGAAGAACUGGCAGAAAAGCAUGUUGUUCCACUGGCUAAUUUAAAACCAGUUACCCAAGUGACAUCUGUUCCUUCCUGGAAUGCUGUACCAAGUCGAAAAGGAAGAGGUUAUCACAAAAUACCUGGAAGCUAUGUCCCAGAAAUAGCUAUGUCAGAGAUGAGUAUAAAGCAGCGGAAGAAGAUCUUCAAAAAAGGCCGAGGAAAGGAGGUCCAUAUGAAUAUGGCCUAUGGCAGGGGAGAACCCAUCCUCCCACCUAGGCUUCACCAUGGAAUGCAUUAUGGACAUGGUCCUCCACUGCAGUACUCACAGAUGGCUGGCAAUGUUAUGUCCAGUGAAUAUUUUUAUCCUCAACAUUCAUCUCAACGACAUGGUCGUGGAUAUGGGAUGUUCAGGGAUUCAUCUCACUUUAUAAAUAGGCACAAUGUACCGAACCCUAAAGUUGGUUUUUACCCUGGCCCAGGUAAAAGGUGCUUCCAGAACUAUGAUAACAUCUCCUAUAGAUCUCGUUCCUAUAGACGUGGUCAUCGUCAGAUGCGUUGUAUGAAUAAGGAAUGCCAGUACAGCUUUGCCCCAGGAGGCCAGAUUCCCAGUGGUCUUCAAGAAACUGUUGCUUACUAUGAAGUUGCAGAAGGGAAUGAUACUGCUUAUCCAACUUUACCUGUAUCAAACCUGGGUCUUUAUACAGGGGAAUAUCAUGAAGAAUAUCUUUACUCAUCAGAAACUGACUAUGAAAAUUCAGAUGUGUAUAGCACGACUACAUCUACAGCAAACUUGGUGAUAGGAAAUUCUACAGCAAGUGAAAAUUCCUGUCCUGGUCAUGUUCCAGCUCCAGUCUUAUCUAACUGUGCAGCAGGUGAUCAAUCUAGUAGUACGUCAUCAGUUUCUUCGCAGAAUUCUAUACAGACUGUAUUUGUCACUCCACCUACUCAAGGCAAGCCAGGUGCUGUAGCCUCUCUGCCACCACCACCUCCUCCUCCACCACUUCCUCCUCCCCCUCUUGAGAUAGGAGAAGCUUCUAACCUCCCACCACCACCUCCACCUUAUUCCUGUGAUCCAAGUGGAAGUGAUCUGCCUCAAGAUACAAAAGUUUUACAGUAUUAUUUCAAUCUGGGAUUGCAGUGCUAUCACCAUAACUACUGGCAUUCCAUGUUCUACAUGCCACAAAUGCAGCCACAGCAACUUCAUGUAGACAAUCUUCCAAUCUGUUCUGAGUCACCUCUGGUAGACCAAACUGCUCCUCCUCACUUGUACAAUGAGGUAGAGAUAGCAGAUGGUACACAGGCAGAAACAUCAACAAAUGAUAUUAUUCCAAAUCCUGACCCUGUAUCUAUCCCUCAUGGAACAGUCUAUUAUCCAGUAAUGUCAGAUCAUUAUGGACAACCCCCUUUGCCAGGUUUUGAUUCCUGCUUUCCUGUUAUGCCAGAUUAUCCCUAUGUUACCAAUUGGCAUCCUGUUGGUGCAACAUAUGGUGGUUCUUCGCAAAUCCAUGGUGCUAUAAAUCCUGUCCCAGUUGGCUAUACUGCUUCACCUCACUUGGCUUCUCAUUACAUACCUCAGAAUAUGUAAGAUUCAGCAGUAUGAAGUAUUAUUGCACUGCCUUUUGAUUGCUUUUUUUUUCUUAAGGUCUCCUAUGUAUAAAUAAUUUUGGUGGUAAAAGUGCUUACGCUAUUGUAUCUAUCUUUAAGAUUUUUUAAAUUUAAAGUAGUCCUUUAAAAUGAAGAAUGUUACUUUUGAGUUUUUGAAUAAGAAAAUUGAGAAGGAUGUAUAACUAGCCUUAUAUUAUUUUUCUAUCAGCCAGCUUGUCAACAUUGUAUUAGUUGAUAAUGCCAAUUGACAAAUGGAAUAAAUUAUACCAAUUAUUUCCUUUGUUAUUUUGAGUGUAUUAAACUGCUCAAAAUUAGAAUUAUUUCUACUUUCCUGGAAAGUAAAGCAUCAAAGCAUAGAGCCUUUGAUUCUAGCUACUAAAUAUUAACUGAGAGAGUUCUCCAGAUUUAUUUUAAUUAUAUGACUGGAGUUGUAUUCUGUGAUAUCAGUUUUGAAGGAACAUGGUGCUUGGUUUAAAAUUUAUUCCAUAUUUACUGCUUAAUUUUUGAUUUACAUGAUUGUUUUUCUGUGCAGUAUUAAAUUGGUGUUUUUGCACAAUUACCAGUAAAUAAAAACUAGCAUUUAAAAUUGC